GUCCGCCCAUACAGACCUGACUGACUGAGCCGCUGAAGCUCCAUCGUGGGUCGGACUGAAGCGCUAACAGUAUCGCUGUAAACCUGCGCAGCUACCGAGACGACCACGGAAACAUUAACACCGCGUACUGGAAAUGAAUAACCGCCCUUUCUCUGCCUUUUUUCCUCGCCGUAGGCGUUGAAGUCCUGCCUGGAAACUCGUUCUGAAUUUACUAUGAGGACAGACGUUGCUUAAGUUAGGAGCUGCUGCUGCUGGCGAAGGCAGCGAGUUAGCUAGGUUAGCGUUAGCAUGUUAAGCUAAAGCCAGCUAGUUGUCAGUUCGUAUGACGAAUGGUUCCUUUAAAGAGACUCGACAGCGUUAAAGUUCCUUUUCGAGCUGGAAAUCGCGAAAUCUCGUGCUUGAGUUACUGAACAUGCAUGUCGGUUUGGAUGAAUCUGUGGUCCUCGCUGUCAUGUUUGGAUAACGUAAGCUUGAGCCAGUAACGUUAACCCCUUUUUCUUUUACCGUUGAGUUCGGACUGUCUCAGGUUCUUGGAGCGUAAAGGUGAACGCCAAGACGGGCUAGUUACCCUUCACUGUGUAGCAGCGAAACUCCGAUGUCACGAAGGUGGCAGAUACGGGCACAUUUGGACUCCCAAACAGCAAAAUGGAUUAAGUCAACAACAAUAUUUCAGUCAGGAAUUUCAAGUUAAGGUGCGCUGAACAGCAAGCAAGUUGGCUAGCCCUGCUAGCUAGCUUAGCGACGGCGAACCACCAAGUGAAUGUUGCCUCUUGACCACCAGCUGCUUUUGUGUCUAUAAUGGACAUGGAGUUAGCUGCUUGUCCCCCAGCACACCAGAACGGUGAUGUCCACCGGCAGGAGCGUGUUCCAAAGCCAUCCGCCACUGCUAUGAAGAUUCAUCUGUACCACAGCAGCCAGAGUGAGGCAGACUGCGCCCCCCUCUGUUACCCACCAGGAGAAUAUGUGGCUGAACAGCUGGGCAUCGAUGCAGCCAAGGAGUGUGGGGUGUCACCAGUCUACUUCAGCCUUUUCAGACUUUACAGAGAAAGUGACGGAGUCUGGUUAUCACCCAGUCAUAUCCUUCAUUUGGAUGAAUCAGCCAAAGAGAAUUUGAUCUUCAGAAUUAGGUACUACUUUCCUUGCUGGUAUAGCUGUGGAGCCUCUCGAGCUUACCGAUGUGGUGUUACAAAGGGAUCUGAAAGUCCUGUUAUUGAUGACCAUGUUAUGGCUUAUCUUUUUGCCCAGUGGAGGAGUGACUUUGUGAAUGGCUGGGUGAAGCUGUCCAGCAGCCAUGAGACACAAGAAGAGUGCCUUGGUAUGGCUGUGCUAGACAUGAUGAGGAUAGCCAAGGAGAAGCAGCGCUCACCUCUUGAUAUUUACGGUGCUAUAAGUUACAAGUCCUUCCUCCCCAAGGACAUGCGGAUGCAGAUCGAGAACUAUCACUUUGUGACGCGAAAGCGGAUCCGCUAUCGUUUCCGGAAGGUAGUGCAGCAGUUCAGUCAGUGUCGGGCCACGGCUCGUGACCUGAAGCUCAAAUACCUAAUCAACCUGGAGGCGCUGGACUCGGGCUUCUAUACCGAGCACUUCCAGGUUAAAGAGCCCUCCGCUGGCCAGGUGACCAUCAUUGUCUCAGCUGACCAGGGUAUCCAGUGGUGCCGCGAAAAGCACAAAGAUGCCCAGCCAGAGGACCUACAGACAUAUUGCGAUUUCCCUCACGUCAUUGAUAUCAGUAUCCGGCAAGCCAGCAAAGAGUGCUCCAACAAGAGCCGUGUUGUCUCCAUCAACAAGCAAGAUGGCAAAACCCUGGAGCUGGAAUUCUCCUCCCAUGCUGAGGCUCUGUCCUUUGUAUCUCUGAUCGAUGGCUACUACAGGCUGACUGUCGAUGCUCACCACUAUCUCUGCAAAGACGUUGCGCCACCUCGACUGUUGGAGGCCAUUGAAAACUACUGCCAUGGGCCAAUAUCUAUGGAGUUUGCCAUCAGCAAACUGCGCAAGGCUGGAAACCAGCGAGGCCUGUUUGUGCUCCGUUGCAGCCCCAAAGACUACAACAAAUUCUUCUUGACAUUCGCUGUUGGGAUGUACAAUGAGGUGGAAUACAAGCAUUGUCUGAUCAGUAGAUCAGACAGUGGGGAUUAUGUUCUGAGUGGAACUAAGAGGACCUUCAGAAGCAUGCAGGAGCUACUCAAAUGCUACCAAAAAGAGACUGUGAGAUCAGAUGGCAUCGCUUUUCAGUUCAGCAAAUGCUGCCCUCCCAAGGCCAAAGAAAAGUCAAAUCUGCUGGUCUGUUGGAGUAAUAAGGGCUCUGAAGUUCCUAUCUCACCUUCCCUGCAGAGACAGAACAUUAGCCAAAUGGUUUUUCACAAAAUCAAAAAAGAAGACCUUGAGUUUGGGGAGAGUCAAGGCCAGGGGACAUUCACAAAGAUCUUUAGAGGCAUUCGGAAAGAACUGGGAGACUACGGAGAAAUGCAUCAGACAGAUGUCCUCAUUAAAGUCCUUGAUAAAGCACAUAGAAACUAUUCAGAGUCCUUCUUUGAAGCAGCCAGCAUGAUGAGCCAACUCUCCCAUAAGCAUCUGGUACUCACCUACGGCAUCUGUGUGUGUGGCGAGGAGAACAUUAUGGUGCAGGAGUUUGUGAAGUUUGGCUCGUUGGACACGUACUUGAAGAAAAACAAGAACUCAGUCAAUAUCUUGUGGAAACUGGAAGUGGCCAAGCAGCUUGCAUGGGCCAUGCACUUUCUGGAAGAGAAGAACCUGGCUCACGGGAAUGUGUGUGCGAAAAACGUCCUUCUGAUCCGUGAGGAGGAUAGGAAAACGGGCAGCCCUCCCUUCAUUAAACUCAGUGACCCAGGCAUUAGCAUCACAGUGCUGCCUAGAGAGAUUUUGGUGGAGCGAAUCCCAUGGGUGCCUCCUGAAUGUAUUGUGGACCCCAAGAACCUCAGCCUUGCUACGGACAAGUGGAGCUUUGGUGCGACACUUUGGGAGAUUUGUACCGGAGGAGAGAAGCCACUUGCCAACAUGGACAGCUCCAAGAAACACUUGUUCUAUGAGAACUGCCAUCAGUUGCCUGUCCCCAAAUGGACAGAACUAGCAAACCUAAUCAACAGUUGUAUGAACUAUGAGCCAGCAUUCAGAUCAUCCUUCAGAGCAGUCAUUCGUGACCUCAACUGUCUCUCCUGUCCAGAUUAUGAAAUGAUGGUGAUGGAGAGUGACCUGCUGCCCAGUAGGACUGGAGGCCUAGUGUUUGCCACAGGAGCCUUUGAAGAUCAGGAGCCAGUGCAGUUUGAGGAAAGGCAUCUGAUUUUCUUACAGCAACUGGGCAAGGGAAACUUUGGCAGUGUGGAGAUGUGCCGCUAUGACCCCCUGCAGGACAACACUGGUGAAGUUGUGGCAGUGAAGAAGCUUCAGCACAGCACCACUGAGCACAUGCGAGACUUUGAGCGAGAAAUCGAGAUCCUCAAGUCGCUUCAGCAUGAAAACAUUGUGAAGUACAAAGGAGUGUGCUACGGCGCAGGACGGCGAAACCUUCGGCUUGUAAUGGAGUACUUGCCUUAUGGCAGUCUGCGUGAUUACCUCAGCAAGAAUCGAGACCGGAUCGACCACAAAAAGCUUGUACAUUAUGCCUCUCAAAUAUGCAAGGGUAUGGAGUACCUUGCAAACAAACGGUACAUUCAUCGAGAUCUGGCUACUCGAAACAUCUUGGUGGAGAGUGAGUUUCGGGUAAAAAUCGGUGACUUUGGCCUGACUAAGGUCUUGCCUCAGGACAAAGAAUACUACAAGGUCAAAGAGCCUGGAGAAAGCCCAAUAUUCUGGUAUGCUCCUGAAUCUCUAACAGAGAGCAAAUUCUCUGUGGCAUCAGAUGUCUGGAGUUUUGGAGUUGUUCUGUAUGAACUCUUCACCCACAGCGACAAGAUCUGUAGCCCUCCUACCGUUUUCAUGAGUAUGAUGGGAGGAGACAAGCAGGGCCAAACUAUAGUCUAUCAUCUCAUUGAACUCCUGAAACGAGGGAACCGCUUACCCCAGCCAGUGGGCUGCCCAUCUGAGAUGUAUGAGAUCAUGCAGGAAUGUUGGGAUAGCGAUCCCAGCUUUCGGCCGGCCUUCAAGGAGCUCGCUCUGCGAGUGGACCUGUUUCGAGACAGCAGCGACUCGGACAGAUACACCCAAGUGCCUGCGUUUUAA